AGACAUAGUAGUCACCCCCAUCUCCAGUCUAAGCUUAGGAACCUCCUCCUCUAUCACCACCAUUAAAACCACCACCACCACCACCAUCAUUUCUCUCAGUCUAGCGCAACUAUUCCUCCAAAUUUGGCACAAAAACCUCCUAUUACACCGGCAAAAGGCAUCAACAAUUUAGUGUCAUACAUACAUACAUAGUAUCCAAAACUUGUACCAAACAAUAUUCUUGUACACUCACUAGUGCAAUAAUCAUGGGUAACGCUGACUACGUGUACCCUUCAAACGUGGAGUGCUCUCACCGUGUAGCGAUUCCACCACCACAACCCUUUGUCAAGUCAUUGAAGUACUCUCUCAAGGAGACUUUCUUUCCUGAUGACCCAUUGAGACAGUUCAAGAACCAACCACCCUCAAGAAAAGUCAUACUAGGACUUCAAUACUUCUUACCAUUUCUAGAAUGGGCGCCUCGUUAUACUUUAGAGUUCUUGAAAGCUGACCUUAUUGCUGGGAUCACCAUUGCUAGCUUGGCAAUCCCUCAGGGGAUUAGUUAUGCUAAGCUAGCCAACUUGCCUCCAAUUCUUGGCCUAUAUUCAAGCUUUGUUCCACCUUUGGUUUAUGCCUUGAUGGGUAGCUCUAGGGAUUUGGCUGUGGGUACUGUUGCUGUUGCAUCCCUUCUCACCGGAGCAAUGUUGGGGGAAGAAGUUAAUGCUCUUGAAAAUCCUAAGCUCUAUCUUCACCUUGCUUUCACGGCCACAUUCUUUGCUGGAGUUUUCCAAGCUUGUUUGGGAUUUUUAAGGCUAGGGUUUAUAGUGGAUUUUCUAUCACAUGCAACCAUAGUAGGGUUCAUGGCAGGAGCAGCCACUGUGGUGUGCCUACAACAGCUAAAAGGGAUACUUGGCCUUGAUCAUUUCACCCAUGGGACCGAUCUUGUGUCAGUGAUGCGUUCUGUCUUUAGCCAAACACAUCAGUGGAGAUGGGAAAGCGGUGUCCUGGGAUGCUGUUUCCUUUUCUUUCUCAUCAGCACUAGAUACUUCAGCCAGAGAAGGCCAAAAUUCUUUUGGAUAUCAGCAAUGGCACCAUUAACGUCAGUCAUAUUGGGAAGCCUUCUCGUUUAUCUCACCCAUGCUGAGAAACAUGGUGUUCAAGUGAUAGGAGAGUUGAAGAAGGGGCUGAAUCCACCGUCGUUUGGAGACCUAGUAUUUGUGUCUCCAUAUCUAACGGUAGCAAUCAAAACUGGCAUCAUCACUGGCGUCAUAGCUCUCGCUGAAGGAAUAGCUGUAGGGAGAAGCUUUGCCAUGUUCAAGAAUUACCAUAUAGAUGGGAACAAGGAGAUGAUUGCUUUUGGAAUGAUGAACAUUGUUGGUUCUUGCACCUCUUGCUACCUCACCACAGGGCCAUUUUCAAGAUCAGCAGUAAAUUACAAUGCAGGAUGCAAGACUGCAGUGUCAAACAUUGUUAUGGCAAUGACUGUCAUGUUGACAUUGUUGUUCCUAACACCCUUGUUCCAUUACACUCCUCUUGUGGUGCUGUCAGCCAUAAUUAUCUCAGCUAUGCUUGGACUUAUAGAUUAUGCAGCAGCCAUCCAUCUCUGGAAGGUUGACAAAUUCGACUUUGUAGUGUGCAUGAGUGCAUUCAUUGGUGUAGUUUUUGGCAGCGUCCAAAUGGGCCUAGUCAUAGCGAUUGCUCUAUCUUUGCUCAGAGUACUUUUGUUCAUUGCUAGACCAAGGACUGUGGUUCUUAAAAACAUCCCAAAUUCCAUGAUUUACAGAAAUGUUGAACAGUACCCAAAUACAAACAAUGUACCCGGAAUUCUCAUACUCGAAAUUGAUGCUCCCAUCUACUUUGCCAAUUCAAGCUACUUAAGAGAGAGGAUUGCAAGGUGGAUUGAUGAAGAGGAAGACAGAAUAAAAUCUACAGGGGAAACCAGCUUGCAGUAUGUUAUACUGGAUAUGGGUGCUGUUGGUAACAUUGAUACAAGUGGAAUAAGCAUGAUGGAAGAGGUCAAGAAGACUGCUGAUAGAAGAGGGCUUAAGCUUGUAUUGGCCAACCCUGGAAGUGAGGUGAUGAAGAAGCUGAACAAGUCCAAGUUCAUUGACAACAUAGGCCAAGAAUGGAUCUACUUGACAGUUGGAGAGGCAGUUGGAGCAUGCAACUAUAUGCUUCAAACUUACAAACCGAACCCAAUGAAAAAUGAAGCAGAGAGAUGGAAUACAGUCUGAGCUAUAGCAAUCAAUGAAGUAGAACGUUUGGAGAGACUUAACUUCCAUCAAUUAAGGGCUGCCAUAGGUGUGUUGCAUGUGUAUUUAUAAGUUAGGGAGCAACACAUUAGACUUGCUGAAUCAACAAAAAGAUGAUGAAUCUCAUUAAUUAAGUUGGAGUUAUUUUUUCCCUUCCAACAUUAUGUAAGUUGUAGAAUAUUAAAUAUAUGGCAUACUUCAAAUUUUCAGUGGCAAGAA